AUGAGUGACACUAGUCCGAGUGGUGGUGGAGGCGACGGAGGUGGAGGCAGCAGGGGUGGAAGUGGGAGAUUUAUUGUCCCAGUGACACAGAGUCCGAGUGGUGGUGGAGGCGGUGAAGGUGGAGGUGACAGGGGUGGAUCUGGAGCUUUUAAUGUCCCAAUGACACCUAGUCCUAGUGGUAAUGGAGGCAGUGAAGGUGGAGGCAAUGAGGGCGGCGUGGGUGGAAGUGGAGGCUUUAUUAAUGUCCCAGUGACACCUAGUCCAAGUGAUGGUGGAGGAGGCGGUGGGGGUGGAAAUGGAAGUUUUAAUGUCCCUGUGACACCUAAUCCGAAUGGUAGUGGAGGCGGCAGGGGUGGAAGUGGAGGUUUUAAUAAUAUCCUAGUGACACCUAAUCCAAGUAGUGGUGGAGGAGGCAGAGGUGGAGGCGGCGAGGUUGGAAGCGGAGAUUUUAAUGUCCCCGUAACACCUAGUCCGAGUGGUGGUGGAGGAGGCAAAGGUGGAAGUGAAGAUUUUAAUGUCCCUAUGAUACCUAGUCCAAGUGGCGGUGGCAGCGGAGGUGGGGCCAGAGGCAGUGGUGAUUAUAAUGUUCCAGUGACACCCAAUCCAAUGGCGGAGGUAGAGGUUGGGGUGUAG